GGAUGUGAUGAAUUCAGAUGAAGUGCUUACACAUGAAUGUGAUGUUCUCAUACCUUGCGCUUUGGGAGGAGUUUUGAACAGAGAAAAUGCUGAUAAUGUCAAGGCUAAGUUCAUCAUAGAAGCAGCAAAUCAUCCUACUGAUCCAGAAGCUGAUGAGAUUUUGUCUAAAAAGGGAAUUGUAAUACUUCCCGACAUAUAUGCCAAUGCUGGAGGUGUGACAGUCAGUUAUUUUGAGUGGGUUCAGAAUAUUCAAGGUUUUAUGUGGGAUGAGGAGAAGGUUAACAGGGAGCUUAGAAAAUACAUGACAAAAGCCUUCCAUAACCUGAAAAACAUGUGUCAGUUGCACAAUUGCAAUCUUCGGAUGGGUGCCUUCACACUUGGCGUGAAUCGUGUUGCACGUGCGACAACAUUAAGAGGUUGGGAGGCGUAACUAUAUUCGCCUCUUUUGUGGCACUACAUACUCCCUUUCUACAGAUAAAAAUUUAUGGUCUUUUUCUGCUGCAUAAACUGAGCCAUUUUAAACAUGUGGGACAUUCAUCAACAAAUAAAACAGCCUUGCUUCAUCAAUUGUCCUGGCAUUCAGUAA